UUGUUGCGCGCUCGGAGGCGGUUCGUCCGCAAUUUGUCGUAGCGAAGCAGACUUCCGGGACCUUAGUGCACGAAUGGCCGACGCCAAGGUUGUCUUUUCUGUCAAACGAGAUCGCCUCUACGAGUGAAAUCAUGUAAACGUUCACGGUGUUGUUCAAUAAAGAAACGUACGAACGUCGGAACCGAUGCGAGGAUCGAGGGAUCGGGCGUGUUUUGUGGCUUUAAUGAACGAUAACGCGAGAAGAGGCACCGGUGUCCCAGCAAAUUUUUGAUUCAACGAAAGGGUAAUCCCUGAUCUUUGCUGGGGGUGCGAUUGAUAGUGAGGAAAGAAAAAAAAAAGAAAGAAAGCGUAACGAGAAGGAAAACCAGAGGCAGGAUACUGAAUUCUCGAUUCGUUCGAGAAUGCAUUUCAGAUGAUCAACCGAAACGCACGACUGACGAUUCGAACGUUAUGAAUUCGAACAUAGUUAUGGAGGAUAGUAUGAGUGUUAAGUCAAUGGAAUCAGUGGCGACAAGCGACGAAUAUGAGUUUGUAAAUGACAGAGGCAAUGGGAAACAGCAACAAGCUGUACUUGAACUACCAAUGUUGAAGAUUGCUAAUAACGGUAAUCUGGAAGAUCUCCAAAAUAAUCUACGCGAGGUGUUAUCAGAAGACUCAAAAAUGGAAAGUAACGAUUAUAAAAUUGUAAGCACCGUACAACAAAAUCCACCAAAGACAAAAAAAGUAGGGCACAGUACAUUUUACAAUGUAAGCUCUUGCAUGGUUGCUUCGGAAAAACAAGACAUUAUGAAACCAGAAGAUUUUAUCGACGAAGCUCACGUCCAACAAGAAUGUACUAUUUUCAAUGGUGUGACUUACUUGGGGUCAGCAACAAUAAACGCACCAAAGUCGGAGUGUGAAAUACAACGCAACAUGAAUAUACUAAAUGCAGAACAGUCUCUUAAUUUAGGAAUUAAAGUAUCUGUUUCUGUGCCCAGUAGUUCUCAAGGUUCCGUUGUUUUAUAUGAUGCUGCUACGCAACAACCAAUUGCGCAUUACGAGGUGCAACGAAUCUUGUUUUAUGCACGUGGCGAAAGUACUGGAGCGUGCGCAGCUUGUUUUGCUUUCACAUGGUCUCAUGGGGACACAUUGGAGUCUGCCAUUUAUCAGUGUCAUGUUUUUCGAUGUGACAUACCAGAAGCAGUGGGACAAGUCUCUGCUUGUUUUUCCAAGGCAUUUCACAGAAUACCACGGUCGAUGACUAGUUCUUUAACAAGCAGUGAUUUCAAUGGUUUUAACAUUGGAAGCGAAAAAACGAAUUCUCGUGUAUUUAUUUUUGAAGUAACAAUGGAAAUAAAGGAAGAAGAUGGAAAGGGGAGCUUCGCCACAGUUCCUAAAGACAGAAACUGCUUCAAACUUCGAAGUAAUGUAGCUAAGCAAGUGUGUUUAAGUAUUCAACAAGUAUCCAGUAAAGAAGGAGGAAUUACACUCGAAGUUGAAAGGUGUUUUGGUGUUCUCGUUAGUCCCGGUCGCAAUGUUAAACAUAGCGAUAUGAGAUUACUUGAAAUGCAAAUUAAUACUGGUCCGUUAGUACAAGACAAACAAUGCUACGUUAUGUGUGGGCAUUGGGACCCUGCAGAUCCAGCUUUGGAAACUCUUAACGUAGAAACUCCUAGGGAAGGAAAGAUCUUUAUAACAGUUGCCGUUGAUUUAGUUAUACAUGGUAUUCGGGAACCUGUGAGGUUUAUAAUAGAGACGUCGGUUAAAGUGUAUCCGCAGAAUGAAAGAUUCUGGUACUUUAAUAAACGAAGCCUUGUUCAACAAUUCUAUCUUAAUUCAAAAGAAAUAAUAUCUGGAGACGGGGUAGAAGUUCACUAUGAAGUACAAAGUAUAGAAACGUCAGGAGAAUUAGACAGAAACAGAUUAAAUCUUGCUUUGAAUUUAGCAUCACUGAUUCGGUCACCUUCUUUAACUAGCAUCGACACUCUUACACCCAAAGAAGAAAUAGAUUCAGAUGGAGAUGAACCAAUGUUAAGUGGUACAGGUGAAGUGUCAAAGGAUUGUUCCGCGGAUGAACUAGCCAAUUGGGCAGAAGUUCUGGAUAGUUGGCAAGUUAACGAUCAACGUCCAAAGCUUCUUAUAAAACUUGCGAAAGAAGGCAUUCCGGAAGCUCUACGUGGCGAAGUAUGGCAACGUUUAAGUAAUUGCGAUAAUUCACAAGAAAUGAUGGAUAAAUAUAGAACUUUAAUUACUAAGGAAAGCAGUUGCGAAAGUGUUAUUUUAAGAGACAUUAAUAGAACAUUUCCUGCCCAUGACUUUUUCAAAGAAACAGGCGGUUUAGGACAAGAUUCUUUGUACAGAAUAAGUAAAGCAUACGCAGUGUAUGACGAAGAAGUCGGAUAUUGCCAGGGACUUAGUUUUUUAGUUGCUAGUCUACUGCUUCACAUGCCAGAGGAACAAGCUUUCUGUGUCUUGGUUAAACUAAUGUACGACUAUGGUCUAAGAGAUUUGUAUAAGGAUAGAUUCGACAAUCUCCAUAUGCGAUUUUAUCAGCUUAAUAGAUUAUUAGAGGAUCAGUUGCCAGAACUUUACAAACACUUCUGUGACCGUGGGGUAGAAACACAUAUGUUUGCUGCACAAUGGUUUUUAACUUUAUUUACAGCCAGAUUUCCACUUUAUCUUGUUUUCCACAUUCUGGACGUAUUCCUUUUGCAAGGACUCGAUACACUGUUUCAAGUCGCUCUUGCGUUGUUAAUGUUGUGCAAAAAGGAACUGCUUCAUUUGGAUUUCGAGAGUAUACUGAAAUACUUUCGGGUACAUUUGCCGAAACGUUGUCGCAACGAAGAAGUAUCGCGCUACGUUAUGAAGUUAGCCUGCUCGGUUAAGUUAAAGAAACUGAAGAAAUACGAAGCAGAAUUUAUGACGUUAAAAGAGGCGCAAGAAAACGCGGAUGAGUACAGUAACGAGGUGGAGCAACUAAGGGGCACGGUGGCAAGAAACGAGGAAGAGAAACAGAGAUUAGAAGCAGAGCUUGCUCAAGUUAAAGAGAUGCUUCAACGAGAAGUAGCGAGAGGCGACGCAGAAAGUCGACGCAGCAACGUCAUUAUUACCGAAUACAAACAGAUCUGUCAACGUCUGGAGGAUGACUACAAUGCUGCGAAAGCGACGCUCAGCGAAUUACGGUCCAAGGUGUCAAAGUGCGAUAAAUGUAAGAGUUACAUAGUGGACUCGUCCAACAUAUUGGCAGACAUUUCGCAUCCCCUGGAGAACCGGAUAGAUCCUAUGCUGCACAGAGUGCAGGAGAGAGUACGCGAAUUAGAAUUAGAGUUGGCUCAAACGAAACUAGCUCACGUCGAGGCCGAAUGCAGAAAUCAAGAUUUGACGCAUCAAUUGCACGCAACCGCUUCCGAGCUGCAAGCAGCGAGAAACAGUUGGCCGUGGCUCAGCAAAACGCUGUCGAGCAUAAAAGAAGCGGCAAACAAGAGAGAAGGGAUGACGCCAUCCUUGAUGAAGGAUCUAAGACGAGACAGCGCGCCCGUGGGUGAAAUGCAUCACUUGAUACAUUCCCGCAGUCGCGAGACCCGCGACAAUCUCAAAGAAGUUGUGUGAUGCAGCAAGUCCCUCGAUUCGAGCACGUACGUCUACCUAAGGCUGGACGGGGAAACGUACGUUGAAUCGGAAGGGCAAACUCUUAACCAUGAUAUUAGAAAGACAGACUCAGUUGAUGUUUUAAAGUAACGGGUUAUACAUUAACCAGGUCAGAAUGACGGGGAAACUUAUUUCAAACGCGAAUACGGAUACGCGGUGUACGUCCACGAUUAUCAUGUAGAGUAUUUCCAUUUGGUCUGCCAAGGACACGCGUACUAGACAUAUUUUUCGUCGGGUUACUCACGGUACACUAUAUUCGACGCGUGCUUUUAGAGAAGGCAGCUUGUCUUAACGACAUUGAUGAUAUUCAAUCUUAAGAUAUUUCUUGUUCAAGUUUUUCAUUUUGUUACUUUUACUCAUUUUUACAUGAACUUUCGCCGCGUGGAGGUUAGGUCGUUAUCGUUCGAGAAAUUUUCGUUUGUAUACUCUUUUUUCUUUUGCGCUUCAGCGAAACGUUUCACGCGAGAUUAAGGUGUCCUAUACGGCAGGCGAUCGAUUACAAAAGUAGGACACGUUACGAUAACACGAAGGAAAUUACACGAUAGACGUUAGCGAUAAGUACACUACGUUUUGUAUGAAACUAGUCUAAGACGUGAACGAUAGAAGUGCUAUAGAAUUCUACACUGUACAUACACGAUACUCUCAGGCAACUAAUGAACGUGACAGACUGCAGAAAUCGGGGAUUCCAUGUUCAGAGGAUUGCUAAACGUCUGCAGUUUCCAUAUACUCUUUGUACCGAUUCAUUGCAAUGCGACAUUCCAAUGUAACGCGAGUACGUUCUUUUUUUUUAUUCGAACAGUAUCUUAUUUCACAUCAGACACGUUGAUGUUGACGUUCGUAUAACGCUUUCGAAUCAUUUUUUUAAAUUGCCACGAGUAACGUUAGUCGUUAACGAGCUAACGAGAACAUUUCUGUUUAGUUUUUUGUUUCUUAAAUUCUUGUUUCACAGUGUUGUUAACGAACGAUCCAUCGAUAUGUCAUAGGUACAGCAAGAACGGAAUUGUAAAACGUGGUAUCGUUUUUUUACAACACACACGACACACAAGUUAAUUCUCAUUUAAUUUGCCAUUUGCGAUCCGACAGAAUCUGCGGGAGUCAGAACGCAAGGCCAUAAAUUAUGUUAAGGCACUAAUUAACAUCUGAAUUCAAUUGGAUGUCCCGCUAACAUGUUUCUGUUACGCGAAGAACAAAAUGAAAGAACUCCGGUGAAUGCUCGAAAGCACACUUUUAGAUUACGAAUUAGUAAUUAGUGCCAUUCGUUAGACGAAACCGCGCGCAUUAAUUUGUUUUGUAUUUGCCAAUGCCGUGAGAAGUUCACUGUUUUAUAGAUAUCGUGCCAUUAGUUUUCCAUCGUAAAGGAGACGUGGCGACGAUAAUUCCUUUCGCUUAUUUAAUUGGAUUUUUGUUCAAAUGAUAUUUGUCGAAUAAUAUAUACAGAAUUGAGGACGAAGUUUACGAUCACUCUAGAGACAAAUACAAUAGUUACGAAACAAUAGUCCCGCAUCUUUAUGCGAAGUAAACAAUAUACUUUCUGUAAAUACUAAAAAAAAAAAGGAAGAAUAUAUCUGUACGGAUAAACUACUAACAGGUCAUGUAAAUGAUUUAGAAUUACCACAUAUAUAUCACUGUACACCUUGUAAUGUCAUUCCACUAUUAUUGAAAUAAAGAAGAAUAUCGUAUCUGUCUA